ACGUGUCGAGUGCAUAGCGGGCAAAACAAAGGUGUUGUUAUGGGUUAGAUUUCAAAAAUAGGUGUCAAUGUUUCAGUAUUUAAAGGGUAUACUGAAACAAAUUUUGAAUGAGAUCAACAAGUGGCGGGCGCCGCGACGACAGCGCCGCAAUUUCCGACGGCCGCCGCGACACGACGCGUCCCUCCACCUGCUUAAACUGCAUUCCAGCACUGCGGCGGUUCCUUGACCGUUUCUUAAUACUCAAAACUAGUGUUUUUGUGAAGUUUAUAAAUAAUAGUGAAUAACAGAAUUCGUAAUUGCUAACGCAUAUUGUUGUUUUUUAUCUGACGGGAUAAUUUGGAGCCAAUCGAAAAUCUGCGAGAGUGGAGGCCUUUUGAAUUCGUGGUGCUUUUUGGUGUAGAGGAAGCCGCAGGGGAAGACCCGAACGAACUGAAACUGGGGCGUAGGACUACCGCAUGUUUUAUGAAUUUCGUCUUACCAGGUGACCGUCAAUCAUCACCUUCGCCACCACCGUCAUCGUGGUCAGCAUCGUCGCGUCGUGAUCAGCACACUCUUCCGCCGUCGACUACGAUGCAGCACAAUUCCGGGUCACCGCAGCAGUUCUGUCUGCGCUGGAACAAUUACCAGACGAAUUUGACGAACGUGUUCGAUCAGCUGUUGCAAAGCGAGUCGUUCGUCGACGUGACGCUCGCAUGCGACGGUCACUCGGUCAAGGCGCAUAAAAUGGUGCUGUCGGCCUGCAGCCCCUACUUUCAGUCGCUUUUCUUCGAAAAUCCCUGUCAGCAUCCCAUCGUCAUAAUGCGCGACAUCAAAUGGCCCGAACUCAAAGCGGCCGUCGAAUUUAUGUACAAGGGCGAAAUUAACGUGUCCCAGGAGCAGAUCGGGCCGCUUCUCAAAGUUGCCGAGUCCCUCAAAAUACGAGGCCUGGCCGACGUUAACGGAGAACAGGACGUUGUCAGUCCACCUGGUGAAAUACUGGGAAAAGCAAAGACAUCGACGGCUAGCGGUCUUGAAUGGGAAGCCCGUCAGGACGGCAGCGUCGAUACGGGGGCGCCUCGCGUUAAGAAACGACGCCGUCCUUCGGGCGAGCGUUCCAGUCUCAGUAGUCCGGCGGAGAGCGCAGGCGCGGCAGAUGUGCCUGAAGCUCCCCCGUCUGUCGAAAUGAGCCCUGCACCCCCCGUCACGCCACUGUCGUCCACUACGGCCCCACCCGAGCCGCUACCCCUCACGCUACCGCUGACGUCACAACAACCCAUUACCCAAGGACACAAUGUUCCUCCAAAUGCUGCCGCAUCAGACGAUAUGGAGAUAAAACCGGGAAUCGCGGAAAUGAUACGGGAGGAAGAAAGGGCAAAGUUGUUAGAGUCCUCCCAUGCGUGGUUGGGAGCAUCAACAUCUUCAAUAGCGGCAGACAGCUACCAAUAUCAACUGCAGUCCAUGUGGCAAAAAUGUUGGAACACGAAUCAAAGUCUGGUGCAUAAUUUACGAUUCAGAGAACGUGGUCCACUGAAAUCGUGGAGACCGGAAACGAUGGCCGAAGCCAUUUUUUCCGUUCUCAAGGAAGGACUUUCGCUGUCCCAAGCCGCCAGAAAAUACGACAUACCCUAUCCGACAUUCGUUCUAUACGCCAACAGAGUACACAACAUGUUAGGACCAUCUGCUGACGGUGGAUCAGAUUUGAGGCCCAAGGGCAGAGGAAGGCCGCAACGUAUUCUUCUCGGUGUUUGGCCUGAUGAACACAUAAAAGGGGUCAUCAGGGCAGUUGUCUUUCGUGAUUCUCAUCACAUAAAGGAAGAUCCAAUUGGAUAUCCACGUAUUCACGAUGGGGUGGGAAUACCGGCCAGUUAUCCUAAUAACACAUGCAACAAUGGUUCAGAUCCUACGGUUUCUCCUGGCGCUGCAGCUGCGGCAGCCGUUGCGGCGGUUGCCCAAGGUCUUCGACAACAAAUGUGCAACAUGAUGGCAGCCGCACAGCAACAACAACAACAACAGCAGCAGCAACAGCAGCAGCAACAACAGCAACAACAACAGCAGUCACAACAACAACAGCAAAAUUGCGUUCAUGAUAGUCUCGUUAACUCUCUGACAUUAGCGGCUCAUUGUACGGCCUCUCCGCUUCCCAUGCCCACAACAGCACUUUCGAGUAACGGUGCAACACCCACAUUGAGUCUAGGCGGACAUCGAAUGACAAGUCCAGCCAGUGUACAAGACUUGCGAAUAAGUCCUACAGGAUCAGCCAUGGAAAGUCCUUUGUCGUCACCAUUGGGACUUACUAUAUCGAAUGCUAUGGUACCGCCUUCCUCUCAGCAACAACAGCCACCAACCCCAACGGCAAUGAGUUUGGCACCAGGUGGUAAUGACGUAACAGGUAUUGGCGUUUCGGGGAUGACUUACAAACCGUCCGCGAGACCAUUCGCCUCACCGCGCCCUGAGACCCUUUUCCAAGAAGACAUCGAUGAGUUAGUGAAACCGAUGCACACUGCAACUACUACUUCUCCUCAUCAUCUUCAUCACCACCAUCCCCAUCAUCACCUACCCAAAGAUUCGAUGACGACGACGCCCAUUAAAAUUGAACCGUUGACAGAGUGCCGGGGCGAAUGAACACGAACAGUGCUUCAGUGCAAUGUGAUACGUUAUUUUUGAAAUUAAUGAUUAAGUAAUUAAUAAUCUUUUGGUUUAUUUAAAAAAGGAAUAAGAAACAAAAUUGCUCUACCACUAUUCCUACUAUUACUACUACUACAACUACCAUUUGUUGUUGCCGUCGUUGUGUUACGAUUAUUACCAUUACGGACUUCUUUUGUAAAAGUUAAACUUUCUCGAGAAAUUAUCCCUUUAUUAAUUCUAUCAACCGCUUAAAAAAAAUACUAACGAGCUCUUGAGAGGGUUUGAUGGUGUCCAAAUGUAAACCAAAAAAGUCGACGUAUCUUACCGAAAA